GAACUCCCUCCAGGCCGCGAACCUUCCGCGGGAGGGAAGGGGUUAAGUUGGGGGCGUGUUGGAGGAGAGGAGAGCACUGGGGCUCUCGCGUCCGCAGCAACCCCCAGGCUCGGAGCAGAACUUCCUAGCCCCCUCCCCGGGUUCCCCCACCUCCUGGGGCCCGGGCCUCGGGAGUGAAGGGGCUGCGGGAGUUGGGGGAAUCAGGAGGCCACCCCACACAUAUCUGCACACCCCUGGGGAAGAAGGCGCUGAGCCUGGUGGGGAAGGGCAGGCAGGGUAGGGCAGCUGGAGCCUGUCUCUACAACUGCAAGCUGAACCUCCGUGUGGCAUCGACUCUCGGUUGGAGGAGGCGUCCCCCGCCCCGUGGCCGGGAGAGCAGCGGGUAGCAGUGGCCAUCAUGCACAGUGGUAUCGCGUCCGCCGUGCGCGCCCCGCGACGCCUCUGAGUCUGGGAGUUCCAGCCCAGGGCCCGCGAGCCUGCCCGCCCCCGCGGCCACACCAUGAGCCACGGGCCGAGCCCCCGGCUGGCCGAGUCCCCGCAGCUGUCCAAAGGUAGCCUCCUGACCAUCUUGGGCAGCCCGUCGCCCGAGCGCAUGGGGCCGGCCGACUCGCUGCCGCCCACGCCGCCGAGCGGCACGCCCUCGCCCGGGCCACCUCCCGCUCUGCCGCUGCCGCCGGCUCCCGCGCUGCUGGCCGACGGGGACUGGGAGAGCCGUGAGGAGCUGCGGCUGCGGGAGCUGGAGGAGGCGCGCGCGCGGGCGGCGCAGAUGGAGAAGACCAUGCGCUGGUGGUCGGACUGCACGGCCAACUGGCGCGAGAAGUGGAGCAAGGUGCGCGCCGAGCGCAACCGCGCGCGCGAGGAGGUGCGCCAGCUGCGCCAGCGUCUCGACGCGCUCACCAAGGAGCUGGCGGGCGCGCGGCGCGAGCGCCAGGAGGCGCAGGGCGAGUGCGAGGCGCGGGGCCGCGAGCUGGCGCGGCUGCGGGGCGCCCGGGGGGUCACGGACAGGACGCCUGACGGUCCUGAGACCGAGCCAGAGAGGGAACAGGAGCCAGUGCGCGACGUCGGGUCGGAGAGACCCCAGGGCAGCCAGGAGCUGGAGCUGGUGGAGGGCCUGCUGAAGAGCAGACCAGAGGAGCCCGAGGGCUGCUGGGAGGCACGCAGUGUAGGGGCCGGGGCCUCACGGGGCAGCUCGGGCCGCCAGGAGCGCAGCCGACUGCCCUGGGAGGACACCACCACCAUCAAGGAGGACGCCUCCAAGUUGACUGCCCUGCGGCUACGGCUGGAUGAGUCCCAGAAGGUGCUGCUCAAGGAGCGAGAGGAUAAAAUGGCACUGAGCAGGAACAUUGAGAAGCUGGAGGGGGAGCUCAGCCAGUGGAAGAUCAAGUAUGAGGAGCUGAGCAAGACCAAGCAGGAGAUGCUCAAGCAACUCAGCAUCCUGAAGGAGGCCCACCAGGACGAGCUGGGCCGCAUGUCCGAAGACCUGGAGGACGAGCUGGGUGCACGCUCCAGCAUGGACAGGAAGAUGGCGGAGCUGAGGGGCGAGAUGGAGCGGCUGCAGGCGGAGAACGCAGCCGAGUGGGGUCGCCGUGAGCGGCUGGAGACAGAGAAGCUGGGCCUAGAGCGUGAGAACAAGAAGCUGCGGGCACAGGUCGGGGACCUGGAGGAGGCGCUGGCCCGGCGACGGCGGCAGACAGCCAGCGCGCUGGACUGUGACCUGCGGGCCAGCCAGGCCGCGCUCUUCGAGAAGAACAAGGAGCUGGCAGACCUGAAGCAUGUGCACAGCAAGCUGAAGAAGCAAUUCCAGGAGAAGGUGGCGGAGCUGGCACACGCCAACCGGCGGGUGGAACAGCACGAGGCAGAGGUGAAGAAGCUGCGGCUGCGGGUGGAGGAGCUCAAGAAGGAGCUGGCCCAGGCUGAGGACGAGUUGGACGAGGCCCACAACCAGGCGCGUAAGCUGCAGCGGUCACUGGACGAGCAGACGGAGCAAAGCGAGAACCUGCAAGUGCAGCUGGAGCACGUGCAGUCCAGGCUCCGCAGGCAGCAGCAGAAUGCCCCCCUCUUUGGAAAGAUCCGCAGUGCUCGCUUUGGCGCCGAGGAGGCGGGGGACGGAGCCAGUGACCUGGAUGAGGAUGAGGACCUGCAGAUCCAGGUGGCCUAGAGCUCCCAGGGCUGGGCAGGACUGGCCAGCAGCCCGGGCCCCCGGGUGCCCAGGCUGACCAGCCACUUGAACUGAUGCAGCUACCUGUGCUCGCUCUGGGAGCAGACCACGGUCCCUGCCACAGAUGACUUCCUUCUCUCCCACAGUGGGCAUCGGUGGUCCCACCUUACCUACACUCUGUGAAAGGGAAGCC